AUGAAGGAACAUCUAAUGCUCAAUAUUGAUGACCUAAGCAUUCCUGAGCCAAAUGCGGUCACUGGGGCAGUCAUCAAGAAUAAAUCAUCUGGGGAAACCAUUGCACAUCCACCCUCCAUGGCUCAUGCCAUUUUAGCAGUGGGAGAAAGCAUGGUUUCUGAAGAGGAACCUCUUCUGCAGGUGGUGGAGUGUCGCAUUUGUCAGGAGGAAGAUAGUAUUAAAAAUCUAGAGAGUCCAUGUGCUUGCACUGGCAGUCUAAAGUAUGCUCAUCGGGCAUGUGUACAACGAUGGUGCAAUGAGAAAGGAGAUGUAACAUGUGAAAUAUGUCAUGAGCCUUAUGAACAUGGGUACACUGCACCUCCGAGAGCUCAUCCUGAUGAAACUACCAUUGAUAUAACUGGUGGGUGGACUAUUACUGGUACUGCAUUUGACUUGCGUGAUCCUAGGAUACUUGCAGUGGCACAAAACCACAUCAUGGAAGCUGAAUAUGAUGAUUAUUCUGCCACAAAUGCCAGCACUGCUGCCUUUUGCCGCUCUGCUGCUCUUGUUUUAAUGGCUCUCUUAUUGUUGAGACACGCACUGACUCUAACUGAUGAAGAUGACGACGACACUUCAGCAAUGUUUUCACUUUUUCUAUUGCGUGCUGCUGGUUUCCUGCUACCAUUCUACAUUAUGGCUUGGGCAAUUAGUAUCUUACAGCACCGCAGGCAGAGACAGGAGGCAGCUGCUCUUGCUGCAACGGAGGUGGCAUUCAUCCUGCAGUCGGGGCAAGGAAGGGGAGUGCACUUCACCAUCGCACCAGACUCCCCGGCCACACCACAGCAUGAACCACCGCAGCCAUAA